GCCUUCUCUAGCUUUGCCCUUCUGCCUGCUGUUUCCUCUGCAGGAACCCUGUUAUUCCUCAGCCUGGCCCUCAGCAUCUUCACUCGUGAGUCCCACCAGUGUCUGCCUCAGCUCACCCAGUCCCGUGGUGUCCUCAUGGUGACACUAAAGAGACUGCUGUCCCCUGGCUUCCUGGCAUGUAUGGCACAGAUGCAAGCAGGAAAGGAUGGAGACCCUGAGGUUGUCCCAGAUGUGGUCAUCCAGGUCUGCCAGCUCCUCUCUUUCCCUUUUGCCCUGGAUGUGGAUAAAGACACCUUAGCACUGAUUAUGGAGGCUGUGCGAGAGACCCAGAUCCCCGCCCAGCUGCUGCAGGUCUGCGCUCACCAUCUGCCCUUCUCAUUCACUGAGCUCCCCAUGGGCCUCUUGUGCCAAUUUGUGGUGUCUGACAUACAGGUCAUAGACCAAGUGGUGAGGGAAGCUGCUGCCUCAGAGCACAUUGUUGCCUUCUUGAAGUCUGUCUUGUCCUCAGACAAUGUCAUACUUACAAGUGACCUCCUGUCUCUCCUGACCCAUGUGGCCCGGGCCUGUUCAGAGCACCUGCCCUUUCUCCAGAGGAUCCUGAGGGACUCGGAUGUGGCUGAUCAGCCACUGACCUACCUGCUCAGCCACAAGCAACACCUGAUACGGGCCAGAACCUGCAACUUGCUGGGCAACCUACUCCGGCACAGCUUUUCCCCAGCGCUGCAGAGCCAGCCGGGUUGGCUGGAGAGGCUGCUGGAGUGCCUGUCGGACCCGGCGAGCAGCGUGCGCAGGGCAGCCACCUUUGCAGUGGGCAACGCCGCCUGCCAUGCGUCCUGCCCGGCGGGGACGCUGGGCCGGGCCGUGCCCGCGCUGACCCGGCUGCUGAGCGACUCGCGGGCGCAGACGUGCUACAACGCGGCCCUGGCCCUGAGCAACCUGGGCCAGCGCGGGGAGGAGCUGCGGGACCUGCUGAUCCAGAACGGGGCUCCCGACCGCCUGCUGCAGGUGACCUGCCAGGACCCGCGCACGGCCGUGCGGGAGGGAGCCCUCGAGGCGCUGCGAGCCCUCAGCCAGCACCCUGGGAUCCAGCAGGUCCUGCUGUCCCUCAAAGCCACCGAAAGGCUGACGGCGCUGGCCGCUGUCAGUCCCCAGCCGCCUUUUGCCCGGCACGGUGAGCCGCUCUUCCGCCGCCAGUGCGAGCACCUCCUCCGCCGCCUCGCAGCUCCGCCCGGCCGCGCGGGGCCCAGCCCGCUGUCGCCGCGUACCGGCGCUGAGCGGUGACGCCCAGGCAUCCCGGGCCGCCACGGACGCUUCCUACACCCUCCUCAGGCUCCAGCUGGACCUUCCUUGCAACCCGCGUUGUCCGCCUGAGGGGGGCCCUACCCGGCCGUCUUUACCCGGGGUGCCCCCCGCGGGAAGCCGGCCCUGACAAAAUGCCCGUUCCUUCUGUAACUGCGCGUCUCCCGCCGGCUCCCGGAGCCGCGCCCGCGCCGCCGCCGGGCUCCGCCGCGCCGCCAGGGGGCGGUACAGCCCCCGCCCCGCUGGCUGCCGGGAGCUGUAGUCACGUGG